UCAGUAUAUUUAUGAUGGAGUAAAGUGUGUCAUGGCAGUGGCAGAAUAUUUAUUUUUAGACAAAUUGUAGCCUUUUUCCUCCUCUAAAUCAUUGGUCACUUUCUCUUUAGGCCCUACUUUGUAAGAUGACCCUAAUGCUCUCUAUUGGUUAGAAAAGCCCUCUAGUAAUGGUAGUAGCAAUAUUUGCCAUUCAGUUAUAUGGCUGCUAAGUGACAGAUUCCAGUCCUACUCCAGGAAGGGUCUCCUUUUCCUGGAAUACUGCUGUAAAGUGUGCAUAGCCUUUAAGUUAUUCCUAAAGCUAAAUUGGGAGGGGAGAUUUCAUAGAAUGAACCAUUUGACACAAUUAAAAAACAUUUAUCCUCAGGAAUCAGUUUCUCUUGGGGGCCAUUCCACCUUCUUAGUGGAACUUGCGCUUUUAUUGUGUCCUGAUACUUGAAUGUUUAGCUGAAUGUUUGACAUCAUGUGCCAUUAGCACGUGGCUCCAAUUUGCCAGCCUUUGGGGUACUGUGGUAAGGUAUGAGUGUGUAUGUGCACACUUGGUGUUAUACACUCUGCUGCAUGCUGCUGGUGUGGUUCACGAAUCAGGGAAGCUAUAGCAUGAUGUUGUUUAAGAUCUUCCGAGUUUUAGGGGAAUGAAGCAAGAAGCUUAGUUUGAAGGUGUAAACUUUUGGCUAAGGAUGAGGAUGGGGGGUGGUGAAAUUAGUAACUUUUGCUUUGUAAAAGGAUUUUGCAGACUGUUUCCUUUCUCCAAACUAAUGUGUAUAAUCAGAGCAUUCUUUCAAACUAGUAUAGAUAACCAGAGCAUGGAAAUGAAGGGCUAAAGUAAGCCCUGCAAACAACUCUUAGCUCUAUGUAUUAAUUUUCUUAGAGGAAUUUGCCUUGUCAUUGUUUAUUAUAAUGACAGAAAACAGGGAAUCCCACUCCUGCACGUCCCCCAUACCCCCCAGAAAAACCCUACAUACCUAACAUUGAGUUUCCGUUUUGUCUUUCCCUUAGGCCAAAGGUUUUGGCUUUAAAUUUUCUAAUCCAGUACGGAAGACUAUAGCAUAGAAUAACUCUUGGAAAAAAAAAAAAAGAAAAGAAACCCCAUAUACCAGAAUCCUUUUAAAUAAAUUAUUUUUAAAUGCUGCCUUUUAAUUUUAGGAUCUUAGCUUAAAUAAGACUGGAAGAGAAUUUCCCAUGAAAUGGUUCCCAUAAUAGUUUUCAGAAAGACGUGCUAAGCAGUAUUGUUAACUAAAGAAAAUAAGUCUAUCAGUUCCACUUAGAUAACCUUUGGUAAUAAACGAACUCCAUACACGUUGUGACCUUAGAGCCUGAACUUUGUAAUCACAUGACCAGCUUGUAAACUGACCUGUGAGGAUGACUGUCGUAGUCCCGGCUUAGAGAAAUUGACCAAGUGUCGGAAGGGUAGUCAUCAAGCUGGACUUGUCCUGUAAUCUCUGUUUCUUCAUGGCUGCAAUAGAACUUUUCAACAGACUACAAGAAGCAUGAAAUGGAGACAUGGGAAGUUUCUGUUCCAGAUGAUCGGGCUGAACAACGAACCUGUCUCAUUUGUGGGGACCGCGCUACAGGCUUGCACUAUGGGAUCAUCUCCUGUGAGGGCUGCAAAGGGUUUUUCAAGCGGAGCAUUUGCAACAAACGGGUAUAUCGAUGCAGUCGUGACAAGAACUGUGUCAUGUCUCGGAAGCAGAGGAACAGGUGCCAGUACUGCCGCCUGCUCAAAUGCCUCCAGAUGGGGAUGAACCGGAAGGCUAUCAGAGAAGAUGGCAUGCCUGGAGGCCGGAAUAAGAGCAUUGGGCCAGUCCAGAUAUCAGAAGAAGAAAUCGAAAGGAUCAUGUCUGGGCAGGAGUUUGAGGAAGAGGCCAAUCACUGGAGCAACCAUGGUGAUAGUGACCACAGUUCCCCUGGGAACAGGGCUUCGGAGAGCAACCAGCCCUCACCAGGCUCCACACUGUCCUCCAGUAGGUCUGUGGAACUAAAUGGAUUCAUGGCAUUCAGGGAACAGUACAUGGGAAUGUCUGUGCCUCCACAUUACCAAUACAUACCGCACCUUUUUAGCUAUUCUGGCCACUCACCGCUUCUGCCCCCACAAGCUCGCAGCCUGGAUCCCCAGUCAUACAGUCUGAUUCACCAGCUGUUAUCAGCCGAGGACCUGGAGCCACUGGGCACGCCCAUGUUGAUCGAAGAUGGAUACGCUGUGACACAGGCAGAACUGUUUGCCCUGCUUUGCCGCCUGGCCGACGAGCUGCUCUUUAGGCAGAUUGCCUGGAUCAAGAAACUGCCUUUCUUCUGCGAGCUCUCAAUCAAGGAUUACACGUGCCUCUUGAGCUCCACAUGGCAGGAGCUAAUCCUGCUGUCCUCCCUCACCGUUUACAGCAAGCAGAUCUUUGGGGAACUGGCUGAUGUCACUGCCAAGUACUCACCCUCCGAUGAAGAAUUACACAGAUUUAGUGAUGAAGGGAUGGAGGUGAUCGAGCGGCUCAUCUACCUCUAUCACAAGUUCCAUCAGCUAAAGGUCAGCAAUGAGGAGUAUGCUUGCAUGAAAGCAAUUAACUUCCUAAAUCAAGAUAUCAGGGGUCUGACCAGUGCCUCACAGCUGGAACAGCUGAACAAACGAUACUGGUACAUUUGCCAGGAUUUUACUGAAUAUAAAUACACACAUCAGCCAAACCGCUUUCCUGAUCUCAUGAUGUGCUUACCUGAGAUUCGAUACAUUGCAGGAAAGAUGGUGAAUGUGCCCCUGGAGCAGCUGCCCCUCCUCUUUAAGGUGGUGCUGCAUUCCUGCAAGACAAGUGUGGGCAAGGAAUGACCUGUUCCCAGCGCCCUCCUCAGGCCAACCACAGCGCCUUGGGUGGGCAGGACAGGCUCUGGAGGAAAAAGCCGGAGAGACCAAGAUGGAGUCUGUGGAGCAGCAUUUCCCAUUGCCUCCAUAGCAAGAAGAGUGUUUGUUUGUUUGUCUGUUUUUUUAACCUCAUUUUUCUAUAUAUUUAUUUCACGACAGAGUUGAAUGUAUGGCCUUCAACAUGAUGCACAUGCUUUUGUGUGAAUGCAGCCAAUGCAUUUUCUUACAGUUUACAGAAUGUGAAGAUGUUUAAUGUUACAGUGUUGUCAUUGUUUAGAAAUAGUUCUUUUGUAUUUUGAGGGAGAGGGUGGGAUGGGGCUAAGAUGACUAUUUCCAUAAUGUUGACAAAGAUGACUACCUCAAUGGAAAUGGGGGGUGUGGCCAUCCCUACUUUUUCCACAUUUUCUCAGCAGACUCACACAUUUGUCUGUCAGAGAGCAAAUUGCCUUUUUUAGCCACAGAAUUGCCAGAUAAAAGGGCACACUGUAAAGGGGCAAAGUGUUAUUAGGAGAUUUACUAAGCAAGGUUGGUGAGACGGCAACAGGGCAGGAGAUGAAGAUUGAGCCAUGUCCUUUCCUUGGAAAGCAUGCAAAUUAAGAGAGUAGGGCACAGUGACCAUAUUUAAGGCAGGUAUCCUUCCACCUAACAAGUCCUAAGGGCAGAAAAAUUUCUGUUCUCACACAUUGCUGCCCUGCUUACCCCUGCACCACCAUCACUGUCUACCACUGUGAACUUUCCAUCUAGGCAAAGUCCUGGCAAUCAGUUGAUCCACAGGACUCGCCUCCCAGCUCCCUUGGGGCCCCCAGCUACCUAGUUUCCUUACCUGGAUCUCCUGAGCCCACCUUCCUCCUUCCCGCUCCCUUACACAUUUGACUUCCUAUUGGCCCUUUGAAAAACCAGCUGAGCAGAAUGCCAUAUUCUGAAGCCUGGUGCCCACUACUGAUUUAUUCUCCUUUCACUUUAUUUCCUUCAGAGGGUAGUAGGGCAAGGCCAGACUGCAAAAAGAAUAGACACUCCCCUUUUGAAAUCUCCUGUUCCUCUCCCCUCCCCUUCCUACCAUACCCUCAGGUCUAAAUCCAAAAACUUCAGGCUUUUUUAAAAAUACAGUGAGAAGGACCA